AUUCACGUCAUUGGUGGUGUGGAGAUGGUGCUGCUCAUAAGUAUGGCCUUUGACAGAUAUGUGGCUAUCUGUAAGCCUCUCCACUAUCAGAUCAUUAUGAGCCAAAAUGUAUGUUUUUUGCUCUUGGGUGCUGCCUGGAUAAUUGCUUUGUUCCACUCUAUGAUUCAACUAGUUUUUGUUAUAAAAUUGCCAUUUUGUGGUCCUAAUGUCCUGGACAGCUUUUAUUGUGACCUUCCCCGAUUCAUUAAACUUGCCUGCACAGAUACCUAUAGACUAGAGGUCAUGGUCACAGCCAACAGUGGGUUUAUAUCUCUGGGAUCAUUCUUCAUGCUGAUCAUCUCCUACAUGUUUAUCAUGAUCACUGUUCGGAAACAUGCUUCAGGUGGCUUGUCCAAGGCUCUGUCAACUUUAUCAAGUCAUAUCAUGGUGGUGGUUUUGUUCUUUGGUCCUUGCAUUUUUAUUUAUACCUGGCCACACCCCACAUCACAGCUAGACAAAUACUUAGCCAUUUUUGAUGCAGUUGUUACUCCUUUUCUGAAUCCAUUCAUCUACACAUUCAGAAACAAAGAGAUGAAGAUGGCAAUGAAGAGAGUAUGCAGUCAACUUAUUGUUUACAGAAGAAUUUCUUAA